AACUCAAAAACGUGCUCUUCCUCUACCAUAAUGGCCACCACAAAUCGAGACGAAUCCGACAAAGACAGUACGGCUUCUUCUUCAAUAACAAUGCCGGAAUCCAGUCGCCGGAGUUGGAUGAGUAGUACUAAUCUCAGCAGUUUCAGUAGUCGCCGGAGUUCAAUUUCACUCUGCAAUGAAAACCCCUAUUUCUCCAACUCACAUAAACCACACAAAUCCAAUCAAAUCUCUUGGGAACUCAUUCGACGGAUCCGAGUCGAAUCAGGUCAAAUCAAACUCGAGCAUUUCCGAUUACUCCGCCGAGUCGGCGGCGGUGAUAUCGGUAGUGUUUAUUUAUGUGAAAUUCGGAAUCCGGUUGUUGGUUUACCGCAGUGUUUUUACGCUAUGAAAGUUGUGGAUCGAGAAGCUGUUGAAAUAAGGAAGAAAUUGCAGAGAGGGGAGAUGGAGAAGGAGAUUUUGGGGAUUAUUGAUCAUCCAUUUUUGCCUACUCUGUAUGCACAAUUUGAAGCUUCGCAUUAUUCGUGCUUGGUUAUGGAGUAUUGUCCCGGCGGCGAUUUGCACGCCGUCCGGCAACGGCAGCCCGGAAAACGUUUCAGCAUUUCCUCUGCUAAGUUUUAUGCUGCAGAAAUACUAUUGGCACUAGAAUAUCUUCAUAUGAUGGGAAUUGUAUACAGAGAUUUAAAACCAGAAAAUGUGCUCGUAAGAUCAGAUGGUCACAUCAUGCUUUCAGAUUUUGAUCUUUCUUUUAAAUGUGAUGAAGUUGUUCCAACACUCGUGAAGUCGAAAACAACGAAAUCCAUAGCCAAAACCCCAAGAAAUUCAUACUGUGCUAUGCCAAUCCAACCAGUUCUAUCCUGUUUUUUAUCACAAAAAACAGAACAAAACCAUGAAAACCAAGAAGAGGAUCAAGAAAUCGUUGCUGAACCUAUAAAUGCUCGAUCAAAGUCCUUCGUUGGGACACACGAGUAUUUAGCACCCGAGGUAAUAUCAGGACAGGGUCAUGGAAGUGCAGUAGAUUGGUGGACAUUAGGGGUGUUUCUAUAUGAGCUUAUUUUCGGUACUACUCCUUUUAAAGGAGAGAAUAAUGAGAAAACGCUCGUUAACAUAUUGAAGAAACCACUCACAUUCCCAAGGAUCGCGAUAAGUAGUAGCAAAGAGUAUGAAGAAAUGGUGAAAGUUCAAGACUUGAUCUCUAGAUUACUUGUGAAGAAUCCAAAGAAGAGAAUUGGGAGUUUACAAGGUAGUGUUGAAAUCAAGAAACAUGAGUUUUUUAAAGGUGUAAAUUGGGCUUUGAUUAGGUCAAUUAAGCCACCACAAGUACCAAAUGAUUUGGUGAAAAUGAGAGGUGUUGUUCCAAAGUUGAGUAAGAAACAAAGGGAAGAACCUUAUCAAAUCCCUCAGUAUUUUGAUUACUUCUAAACUUUGUAAAUAGUUUUUAGGGUAAUUAAUUAACAAGAUAGCAAGUUGUAAUCAUGUAUGACAUGAAGAAAAGACCUAGUUGUUUUCAUAUAGAUGUUUCUCUUUUUAACA